AUGGCUACCCCAUCUGAGUUCCCACCCACGGCAGUCGAGACUUUCAAUACGACUGGUCGUUCUAUUCCUUCAACCCAUGCUCGUCGUGCAGAUGCUUCACUCGACCCUACGAGUCCUUACUACCUUCACAACUCAGACAAUCUAGGUACGACAUUGGUCUCUAACACCUUGACUGGAGAUAACUAUUCCACUUCGAGCCGAGUAAUGAGAAUGACUUUAAGUGCAAAAAACAAAUUGAGCUUCAUCGACAAGACCAUUCCUAAACUUGAUUCAGUAGUGAAUCCAGGUGAAUUUGCACAAUGGCAACGCUAUAACGACAUGGUUCUCUCUUGGAUCCUCAACUCUGUUGCUGCAAAUCUUGCCAGUAGUCCUAUCUACACGGAUUCGGCAUCGGAGCUAAAAGGAUAUUGGGAUGAGUUGGCAUCUUAUUCAUUGCUGCCAUCAUGCACUUGUGGAGUGAUGAAGAUCCUUCAUGAUCGUGAUCAAGAAGAGAAGGUCCUUCAGUUCCUCAUGAGACUCCACGACUCUUAUGUUGCUAUCCGUGGACAUAUCCUACUCAUGAAUCCCUUACCUUCUCUUAACAUGGCCUAUGCUCUUGUAUUACAAAAGGAGAAACAGAGGGAGAUUGCCAAUUCUCUUCACAAUCCAGUUGGUAUGGCACUAGCUGUAAAUCGUUCUUUUUUCAGCUCAUGUUCUCUUCUCGACUCUAUUGGCCAUGGUCGUGGAAAGGGCAAAGAACGGACCACUUGUGACCAUUGUCGUGAUCUUGGACUUUCUGGACUUAUUCAUUCCAUCAAUCAGUGCUACCAGCUGCAUGGUUAUCCCUUAGGCCAUUGUUUGCAUAAAGCUAAGGAUGACACUUCCAGCAAAGGUGUCAUUAGUGCCAAGCCUUCUUCUCAUAAUGCCAACAAAGAUAAGUCCACGUCCAUUGCUCUAUCAUUCACUCAGGACCUUACAACGAGGACGAUGAUUGGUUUGGGUAAAGAAGUUGGUGGUCUCUAUCUGUUCAACCUGACUACCUCAAAUUUCAUUAAAGCAUUCGCUGCUCAUUAUAAAGCCUCACCACAUAUUUGGCAUCAACGGUUGAGACACCCAUCUCAUGCUAGAUUUCAACAUCUCACCCAAGAUCCGCAUUGGUGUGAAGCCAUGGACGCUGAACUUGCUGCUUUGGACGCUAAUGGCAUAUGGACCUUGGUUGAUUUACCUCCUGGCCGCUAA